AUGUACAGAAUUGUUCUUCGCUCGGAUCACGCAUCGGCUCUCGUAGGCAACACCGCUCGCCUCAGAUGCAGAAUAGAUGGAAAGUCUUGUGGAGAAAUGCACAGUAUCAAAUGGUAUAAAGGCGAUACACGAGUGUAUGUGUAUUCUGCUUCUAAAGAUGCAGCCAUCAACCGACCUGAAGGGGAUAUGUUGGACAGAAUGUCAAUAUCCCAUGAACCAAACGCGACAUACGCUGAGCUGGUCAUCACUAACGUGAAACCCAACGAUGAAGGAGUGUACCGCUGUGAGAUCACCUAUCUCCAAGUCGGUGAAGACUGCAACACUGUUCAAGUGACGGACUUCCAUACAUACAUAAGACCGAAAUCCGUUCAAGUGGUCACCGGUCAGGGUCAAGAAAUGUCAGAUGGCGACACCUUCGGGUCUUUGCUGGAGAGACAGAGGGUCAACAUCAGCUGCAUAGUGAAAGAAGGAAAGCCACAACCUAAAGUGACGUGGUACUUCAAUGGGAAAGAGCGAUUAGACGGUAAG